AAUCGUCAAAGUCCAGGACCCUUUAUUCCGUCUGUAACGGCUGUAAUUCUAACUUUGAGCAACUUUUCAUGUGUCGUUUAUGUUGUAGGAAUUAAAUGCGAUGCCUGUGAGGCAAAUGCUUUUCGACUCCGCCGGUAUAAAUGCCUCCGUUGCGUUGACUUCGAUCUCUGCGGUCCAUGCUAUGAUCGGCGUGCAGAGGCUCUUUCGCAUCGAAAGAAUCAUCCAAUGCAAUGCCUCAUCCUUGAGUCGGAUCGCAAAAUUUUCUUCCCAAAUUCUAAGUCUAACGAAAUGGCUAGGAGUUAUAUUUGCCCCAUCUGUGGGGCUCCGGGAUUCAAGGCUGUCGAUCUGGGAGCUCAUGUUCACGCCAAACACAGCAAUUCUCGUAUGGGUGUUCUCUGCCCAAUUUGUAUCUACCCUCCUCUUGGUAAUUCUGCGGGUGGCAGAAGUAGCAAUCCCAACAGGAUUCACAACUCAUUCUCCACCCAUCUUAGUGACGUUCACCGCCUCAAAGCACUCACAAGUGGUACACCCACCACCACCACCCCUGACAUUCUGUCUCCCGCCGUUAUUGAGACAUUUUUGACGAGAGAUCCCAAUUACUUUUAUGAACCUGCCGAAACCGAACAACGAGUGUGUAAUCACGGGAGUUUUGGUAGAUCCUUGUUAAGUGCCGAGGAACAAGAAUUGUUCGAUCUUAUUGCAACUUCCUCUAUGGUUCCUGAUGGCCAAGGCUUGCGCUUCCGUACUCCGCAUAAUAGUUCCCCCUCAGUUUCAGGUCAGGUUUCGCACUCUGAGCAGGUUGCUAGCUCAAAGGUGAUUGAGAAACAGGCCGAUAGCAGUCGACCGGAGGCGGGAGAUGAGGCCUCCGAAUCUGGCCCACAAUUGGCUCUACUUAACAGAAAUAUUAACAGUAACAAUAAUGGGGGAGAAGAAAAUAAUGGGAAUGCUGAGUCGCAGGAGCAUGCGGUCUCAUCGGCGACGGUUGUUGGAAGCAUAACAGUUGAGGAGGUCCAGAGCGAUAGCGUUGCUGCGCCUGUCGAACCGGUUUCUUCACUUGUCUCUUACGGUGACACUGCUGCUAUACUAGAUCCUCGAGUCUUUGAAGCUGCGAAAAAGAAGUGCGACCCUGUCUGGCUUUCAUUCGUGCAUGAAUUGAUUUGGGAUAGUCUACAUAUCGCCGGUCUUUCACUGACGCCUAGUGAGGGUGAAAAGGAGUAG